AUGUGUGUGUUCACUAAGCUGCCCAACACCACACUGACUACCAAGAAACCAGAGAUCAACGUGACCUCCGUCUCGGUGAAGCCCACGGUGCAAAGACAGCAGCAGAAGCUGCCCAACACCACACUGACUACGAAGAAACCAGAGAUGAACAUGACCACAGUCUCGGUGAAGCCCACGGUGCAAGGACAGCAGCAGAAGCUGCCCAACACCACACAGACCACUAAGAAACCAGCGGUGAACGUGACCUCAGUCUUGGUAAAGACCACGGCGCAAGGACAGCAGCAGAAGCUGCCCAACACCACACUGACCACUAAGAAACCAGCGAUGAACGUGACCUCAGUCUUGAAGCUGCCCAACACCACAAUGACCACCAAGAAACCAGAGAUGAACGUGACCUCAGUCUCGGUGAAGACCACGGUGCAAGGAGAGCAGCAGAAGCUGCCCAACACCACACUGACUACUAAGAAACCAGAGAUGAACGUGACCUCAGUCUCGAUGAAGCCCACGGUGCAAGGGCAGCAGCAGAAGCUGCCCAACACCACAAUGACCACCAAGAAACCAGCGAUGAACGUGACCUCAGUCUCCGUAAAGACCACGGUGCAAGGAGAGCAGCAGAAGCUGCCCAACACCACAAUGAGCACCAAGAAACCAGAGAUGAACGUGACCUCAGUCUCGGUGAAGCCCACGGUGCAAGGAGAGCAGCAGAAGCUGCCCAACACCACACUGACCACUAAGAAACCAGAGAUGAACGUGACCUCAGUCUUGGUGAAGCCCACGGUGCAAGGAGAGCAGCAGAAGCUGCCCAACACCACAAUGACCACCAAGAAACCAGCGCUGAACGUGACCUCAGUCUCGAAGCUGGCCAACACCACAAUGACCACCAAGGAACCAAAGACCAACGUGACCGUCUCGGUGAAGCCCACGGUGCAAGGAAAGCAGCAGAAGCUGCCCAACACUACACUGACCACCAAGAAACCAGCGAUGAACGUGAGCUCAGUCUCGAAGCUGCUCAACACAACAUUGACCACUAAGAAACCAAGGAUCAGCGUGGUGAAGCCCGAAUUGUUUGUAAAUCAGCAGUUGGCUAAAUACUACGUUUGGAUUUACUCCAACACCAACGUUUGCAUCAUCAUCAACCCACAAGACCUGAAACUCGAUGUUCUUAGUGUCAAUCUGGUGUCCGAGCACCGUGGCAAAAAGCUGUUGACCCUUCAGUUUUCAAUGACAAACCAAAUCGCCAAGCUUAUCACAGACACCCAUGCUUCGCCACUGCCGCUGAUCCAGAACGAAAUGACCUGGACUUAUAGUCCUGGAGUCAACUACAAGAUUGUUAUCCAGAAAAAAGGCAACUUCUGGAGUGUGAUCUUGAACAACAAGCACCUGCUGUAUUUCACGCUUGAGAAGACUCAAGUCAUCAGCCAGGUGGAGGUUUCCGGCCGCAUCAUUACCAUCAAGAAAGUGGAGGUUUUCAGGGAUGUUUGA